AUGGGUUUCGAUUACUACACUGUGUUAGACAUCAACAGGAAUGCCCAGGAUGCGGAGAUAAAGAAGGCGUACCGGAAACUAGCUCUGAAGAACCACUGGUUAAAUGCCCGGGAUUCACAUUCAGUAGAGCGUUUUAGACAGAUAGCAGAGGCCUAUGACGUGCUGAGUGACCCUGUAAAGAGAGCCAUCUAUGACAAAUUCGGAGAAGAAGGCCUGAAGGGUGGGAUUCCACCUGAAUUUAGCUCCCAAGUGACAUGGACAAAGGGUUAUGUCUUCCAUGGAGAUGCCAACAGAGUCUUCCAUGAAUUCUUUGGAGGAGACAACCCCUAUAGCGAGUUCUUUGAUCCUGAUGGCAUGGAUGUGAACUUGAACUUUGGGGGCCUUCGGGGCCGUGGGAUCAAGAAGCAGGACCCUCCCAUCGAGCGAGAUCUCUACCUGUCUUUGGAGGACUUGUUCUUUGGCUGCACCAAGAAGAUCAAGAUCUCCCGAAGGGUAAUGAAUGAAGACAGAUUCACAUCUACCAUCAAAGACAAGAUCCUGACAAUUGAUGUCCAGCCAGGCUGGAGGCAGGGAACCCGAAUCACGUUCGAGAAGGAAGGAGACCAGGGUCCCAACAUCAUUCCAGCUGACAUCAUCUUCAUUGUAAAGGAGAAACUGCACCCCAGAUUCCGGAGGGAGGAUGACAACCUCUUCUUUGUCAGCUCCAUCCCCUUAGGCAAGGCUCUGACCUGCUGUACGGUGGAGGUGAAGACCCUUGACGACCGUCUACUCAACAUCCCCAUCAAUGACAUAGUCCAUCCCAAGUACUUCAAGAAGGUGCCUGGUGAAGGGAUGCCAUUGGCCUCGGACCCCACCAAGAAGGGAGAUCUCUUCAUCCUCUUUGACAUCCAGUUCCCCACUCAUCUCACACCAACCAAGAAGCAGCUGUUGAAGCAGGCACUGCUGACAUGA